CGGAGGGGUGCGAGCCGCACAGAAGCGUCUCGGACUCACGGAAGACGGAAGCAGUGCAACUACGGAGGAUGCGUCAUUGCACCGGCGCUAAGCGCCGAGCGCUCGGUUACGGUCAUUUCGUCUCGCGUCGAUUCGCCGUAUCGAUUAUCCUCGUUUACCGCGUGUGACCGCGGGUCUCUCUCUCUCUCUCGAAAACAAACGCACAAUAAGAGAGCAAGGGCGAGGGUCUCGUCUACCAAGGGGAGAGAGAGCCUCGUAGACGCGUCAAGCAAUCGAUGUUGGCGCCCGUCAGAAUUACACGUUUCUCCGUUCCGUCUCGCUCGCGAAAAUGAGACUCCGGAUCUAGCAAAUUGCACUUGUAAUUCUAACCGAGUAACAAUUAACUGCCUACUGCUGUGAUUGUAAGAUGAAUUACUUAUGACGAGGGAAUUGCCGUAAAGAUGCAUAUACACUUGGUAUUAGAGUCGAUACGUCUAUGUGCGCGCGUACAGCUCUGACAUACAUGUAAUUUUAGUGUAUGCAAGACUGUCUGUUUGUGAAAUUUCUCUAUCGUAUAUCUACAAGUUGAGAGCGGUGUCCAGCGAGUGAGACAAUAUGGACUCUGCAACCGAGCUGGAGCAUAUUGAGAAGCUGGCGAAGGAAGCGGAAUGCUUAAAGAUACGCUUGGAGGACGAGCGACAAAAGUUGAACGAUAUUACACUUGCCAGCGUAGCCGACAGACUUGAAGCAAUUAAUUGUAUAAAUGUGAAACCUAGACGCAUUCUAAAAGGGCAUCAAGCAAAAGUUUUAUGCUCCGACUGGUCCCCCGAUAAGCGUCAUAUCGUUUCUUCUUCACAGGAUGGAAGAAUGAUCAUAUGGGAUGCCUUUACUACGAAUAAAGAACAUGCCGUCAGUAUGCCGACCAGAUGGGUGAUGGCGUGUGCUUAUGGCCCUAGCGGCACCUUAGUUGCAUGCGGAGGCCUGGAUAAUAAAGUGACAGUGUAUCCGUUAAGUCUGGAGGAUGAUGUCUCGGCUCACAAGAAGACCGUCGGUACGCAUACCUCGUACAUGUCGUGCUGCGCCUUUCCCAACAGCGAUCAGCAGAUCCUCACUGGCAGCGGAGACAGCACGUGUGGCUUGUGGGACGUAGAGAGCGGCCAAUUGUUGCAGAGUUUUCAAGGACACUCUAGCGACGUCAUGUCCAUCGAUCUGGCACCGAGUGAAACUGGAAACACAUUUGUAUCUGGUGGCUGUGACAAACUAGUCUUGAUUUGGGAUAUGCGCAGUGGGCAGUGCGUGCAAAGUUUCGAAGGACAUCAAUCCGAUGUUAAUUCAGUAAGGUUUCAUCCAGGCGGUGAUGCGGUAGCAACAGGUUCGGACGAUGCCACUUGUCGUUUGUUCGAUCUGCGUGCCGAUAGAGAAGUCGCGGUGUACGCGAAAGAAAGUAUAAUAUUUGGAGCAAACGCGGUCGAUCUCAGCAUAAGCGGACGUUUGCUCUUCGCCGGAUAUAACGAUUACACAGUGAAUGUGUGGGAUACUUUAAAGUGCCAACGAGUGGCAUUGUUAUAUGGGCAUGAGAACCGAGUCUCGUGUCUAAGAGUUUCUCCAGACGGUACUGCCCUGUCUACCGGAAGCUGGGACGCGACUUUACGAGUUUGGGCUUAGCUUCAUUACCAUUACUCUCUUAAACCUGUUGAGAUAUUCUUGUUAGGCUGCACAUAUAGAUAUUUAUUAUUUCAUUCUAUUUUUUUACAAAUUCUCGCCUUCUCUCCAACACUUUUUGUAUCUUAUUCAUCUUUUCAUAAUACCAAAUGUAUGCAUUCAAUUGUUGUGCAUUCAAUAGCAAGCGUGCUUUGUCAUGCAAAAUGUAAUCUGUAAUAUGUAACGUAACAGUAAUGUGAUAUAACAUUAAUAAAGUUGCAUAUAUAUAUAUGCAUAUAUACAUAUAUUAGGCUGGACCUAAUUUACAGACAAAUUUUAGUGAAUAUAUAUAAUAGCAAAGCCACAAUAUGUAUGCCACAAAAAAUAAAGUUUCAUAAAUCCAAA